GCACCAGAAAGAGAAGAAACUUGUUCCGCUGAGUUCAACCCCAGGCAGGCUCACAACUUCCUUCCUGCUUUCCGACCCCCCUCCCCUCCCUUUCUCUCUCCCUCACAUUCAACGGACAGCGAAUGACAAGGGUGGCGUUGGGGAAAAAAAGAGAGACGGUGAACACAGAGGCAGAGCAGUUAGCAAAAGAAAAGAAAAGAAAAAAAGUUCCCGAGGUCAGCCUAGAAAAGUAUUGUACUCGUUUUUAUUUUGCAGUUCACCUCCGAAAGGGAGGGGGGAAAGGGGGGAAACAAACAGACGCGUACAAAAAAGCCUUGAUCUGGAUGAAAAAUAAUCUCUGGAGCCUUUUCCUUUCUUGCUUCGAGGAGGGCUGCGCGUCUGGAUGCGCUUUUCCCGACGAGAUGUGACCCUGGUCUGUUGAACAGAGUGUUUAUGGAGCUGCGGGCCGGGGACGGCUCCUCGUCCCUGCACGUCUCCUGCUCUCCGGGCGAUGUUGUUGCAGCACCACCACCACCACCACCAGCUGCUGCCGCCGCCGCCCCUGCUGCUCGGCAGAGGCUGACCUGGAAGAAAGAGGAGGCCGUGGAAGGAGCGGAUCCAGUCCCUCGGCGGCCGGACCCUUUACUAUGGCCGUGUCCUGCUAUGCGCUCAACAGCCUAGUAAUAAUGAAGAGCGGCGAGGAAGAAGAGGGGAAGAGCGGCGGCGGCGGCGGGAUGAGGAGUAAGACGCCUCCAGUGCCGCGCAGGCAGGUGCUGCCCGGCUUGGUCCGAAGAAGCGACCGGCAUAGCAGCUACUGCCCGAUGCCCGGCCGCUCCGGGGACUCCAGCGCCGCCGCCCCCGCUUUCCUCUUUCCCCCAAGGGAGCCGUUGCCGGCGAGGGACGAGGCGGUGGCCCGAAGGACCCCCAGGCGGCUCAGCAGCCCCAGCUGGACCAGCCCCCUCAGCCGGUCCCCGUCGCCUGGCCCGUCGGCGGCGCGCCUCCUCCAGCGGGAGCUCCAGAACGUCCAAGUGACCGAGAAAGUGGGGCUCUUCGAGGCGCACAUCCAGGCGCAGGGCACGGGGGCCGCCCCCUCCGCCGCCUUCCUCCUUCAGAGCCCUCGCCUGCUCCGGAGGAGAUCGCCUUCCCCCCGGCCUUCUCCGGUGGGGGACGACCAGCCCCAGGACAAGGAGCGGCGGCUUCCGACGGCGGCGAGGAGCUCGGCGCGGGAGUCAGGAAGGGCGGCUGGUGGUCGUCCGCGGGCGGCGGCGGCGGAGGAGGAGGCGGCGGCGGCGAGGCCGAGCGGCCUCCCCGCGGCUCUAGAGCUGGAGAACGGGCUCCCGGGGCCAGCGCCGCGCCCAGAGGGGAGGGCGACGGCCACGGCGGGCGGCGAAGUCUCCGGAGCGCAGGACUCCAAAGAGGAGGAGGAGGAGGGGGGGAGGGGGAGAAAGGCGCUCCGGCGACGGGGCUCCGAGGAGACCGAGACACGGCGGGACGCGGUGCCAAAGGCGCACCACCGUGGGGACGAAGCGGGGAACGGGAGGAUUUCCCGGGCGCAGGAGUCCGGGAAGGCGGAGAGGAGGCUGGGGUGUCGUGCGGGGCAGGAGCGGGAGAAGAGAAGCGGGUCUCCCCCAGGAAGGGCCUCCAGCGAGAAGGAGAGCGGCAGAGGAUGCUGCCAGGAUGCUCAGGCCUCCGGGGGCAGCGGAGGGCAGGCAGAGGAAGGCCAUGGGGGGCAUCCCACCAGGCCCUCCAAGGAUCAUCCCAGCUUCUUCGAAGGCGAGGAGGGGAGGAGCGGCUUCUACAGAAGGCAGGGCUCAGAAGCAGCAGAGGAGCCCCUUGGAGAGCCUAUCCCGCCAGGAGACCCGCCUUGUCUGGCGAGGACGGACUGCAAGGAGGGCAGGAGCGCUGGUAGCAACAGUCUGCCAGCUUUGAUUUGCUCCUUGCAGCAGCCGCCGCCGCCACCGGCCCAGCGUUGCCCUGAGAUGAUGGCUGAAGCCAGCAGAGCUGGGCUACAAGAGCAGCAUCCUGGACAGCAGCCUCUGCUGCCAGUGGGGAUCUCCAUAGGAAUACAGGAACAGGGGAAUUCCUUGGUGGAAGUGGAAAGCUGCUGUGCAGGAGGCUGUGGUGGAAGUAGCAUCCCUGCUGUCAUUGUGACUGACCUGGGUGCUCAGGAGGAGGAGGAAGCAGCAGCAGCAGGAGGAGGAAGCCCUCGGAAGAACAUGCCAGCCAGGAAGCUGUCUUCUUCCUCUGCCUCUUCCACUGGCUUCUCCUCGUCCUGGGAAGAGUCAGAAGAGGACAUCUCCAGCGAUCCUGAACGUGCCUUGGACCAGAGUCCAGCCUUCCUGCAAACCUUGGAUAAACCAAAAGUGAGUAAAUCAUGGCGAAAGAUCAAAAACAUGGUGUACUGGUCCCCCUUUGUUAUGUCCUUCAAGAAGAAAUAUCCUUGGAUCCAGCUAGCAGGACAUGCAGGUAGUUUCAAAGCUGCAGCUAAUGGGAGGAUACUGAAGAAGCAUUGUGAGUCUGAACAGCGCUGCUUGGACCACUUGAUGAAUGAUGUCCUUAAGCCUUACGUCCCUGCCUACCAUGGAGACAUAGUGAAAGAUGGGGAGCGGUACAAUCAGAUGGAAGAUCUGUUGGCUGAAUUUGACUCUCCUUCUGUCAUGGACUGCAAGAUGGGAGUCAGAACCUACUUAGAGGAUGAAUUAAUAAAGGCGAGAAAGAAGCCAAGCCUUCGGAAGGACAUGUAUCAGAAGAUGAUUGAAGUAGAUCCUGAGGCUCCAACUGAGGAGGAGAAUUCUCAGCGUGCAGUUACUAAACCCCGAUAUAUGCAGUGGAGGGAAACCAUAAGUUCUACAGCAACUCUUGGAUUCAGGAUUGAAGGAAUAAAGAAAGAAGAUGGCACCGUGAACAGGGACUUCAAGAAGACGAGGACAAAGGAACAAGUUAUGGAAGCUUUCAGAGAAUUCACUAAAGGAAACCGUAACAUUCUGAAUAGUUACCUUAAUCGAUUGAAGAAUAUACGUGACACCUUGGAAAUAUCACCAUUCUUCAAGACCCAUGAGGUAAUCGGGAGUUCUCUUCUCUUCAUCCACGACAACAGGGAACAAGCCAAAGUCUGGAUGAUUGAUUUUGGGAAAACUAUGCCGCUUCCAGAGGGACAAUUCCUCCAACACAACAUGCCCUGGGUGGAAGGGAACAGAGAAGAUGGCUACCUCUGGGGGCUGGAUAAUCUCAUUGAGAUACUCACAGAAUUGUCCCAGAGCGAAGACUUGCAUUAAAGCUGAAUGUCCAACUCUGCAACCACCCAGAACAUAGUCCUUCAAACUGACUUUUCCGAACUGCACUACAAGACACUUUCCCCCAUCCUCUUCCUCCUUGCUAUAAAAUUUAAAAGCUCCUUGUAUUUAAAGUAUAAACAUACAUCUGCGUACCCGAACAAAUGCAAAAUAUGAAGCUUAACGUGGGCAGUGUGAAACAAAUAGCAAUGCAGGUCUUUCUGGUGUUAAUAGUUAGAGACUUUGGUUUCUAGCUAGCCAAAACCAUAACUGAUGUCAGUUCUCCCUCUGGCUCUUAUGCCCCUUACCCAUUGAUGGUCAGGAUCUUAUUAAUUAGUUACAUCAUUGUAAGUAAAGUGGUGUAAAUUUCAGCAGCAAAUAGCUGGAUGUUAAUGAGUUAUCACUUAUAUCCUUCAUCAUGCACUAACUCACAUAACUGGAGCAUGGUGACAGAUAUAAGUAGCAAUUUAUUGAUUAAUAGUAAUUUCCUGCAGUUUAAACCAUUGGAUUUAUACUGGCAUAAGUAAUUUGUAGCAUUCUGUACAACAUGAUGAAUCUUUUACUGUAAAAGAUUUUUAUAUAGUUCCCAUGUGCCUCAGCAGAAGGAACAAAGUCUUGCUUAAAAGAGACCUGUCUUAACAAUUCUGUGAAGGAGAGAUUCAUCUGUAGAUAUCUGCUGCCCUCUCCUGUUCACUCUGAGCAUAUGAUGUGGGCCACUCAUGCAAGAAGUGGGUAUGGAUAAGAGCAUUUUGUGCUAAUAUAUAGCUUCUUUCUUCCUGGGAACCUUCCGCACAAAUGAGGAUUUGGAGUCCAAAAUUUAUUAAGAAAACCAGAAAGAAAAAUAGAUAAUAGUCCUAAAUGGAAGCAUUGUAUAUUUACUAACUUUGUUAAAUAUAGGGAUCUGGGUAUGGAGGUUUAUAGGAAUAAUUAAUAUCAGGUCUAUUUUUCAGUAUAAUCCAUCUUUUUCUUGCCACGCAGCUUAUAACUGCUGUGCAAUAACUUAAUGGUUAUAGAGAUCACAAAAAAUCUGCCUCUGUGGGGUUACACUUAAUGGUGCAUACAUUUUGCUACAAAGAUUGCCUUGGAUUGUUGGGGAAAGGUGCUUUGAUCCCUUUGGACUUCAGUUGGCUUAGAAUUGCCUGUACCACUGUACCCCUGGAAUAUCUUCAGCGACCGUACCACUGUUACAUCUUAGUGGCAGUGGCUGAAUUGGCCAUUUGUAAGAUGUUUACAACUGCAGAAUUUGAUAGCAACUUCAGUGGCUCUCUAUGUUGCAGCAGGGUGAUGGAGCAUCUUUCCACAGCAUUGCAGUGUGCUUAAUCACAGGACAGUCUGUCUUCUAGGUGAAGCAGAAAGAGAAAGGAAGAAAGGACACUGCCAUGAUUCUGGUGGUUUGGAUGGGUCAGUUCUGUAGGAGCUAAAGUGUGCCAUGUGCCCUCAAUGUGGCAUGUAGCCGAUAGGCCACGUGUUGUUGACCUAGACCUGGAAAAAUUGCUUUCAGAGGCUAUAGUUUCCAGAAUGCCCCAGCCAGCAUGGCCAUUAUCCAUGCCAGCUCAGGUGUUCCAGAAUUUGUAGCCCAUAAAAGUGACUUCUUCCAGCUCAUAGUCAACCCUGCCAUGAUGGAAGACUUACAUAACAAUAAGAUGACCACUUACAUUUGCCAGGUAUCUCUGUUAGCACUGCAGACAUCUUUCAUAUGGCAAAGAAAUUCUCAGGUGUGCUCUAGCAAAAUGCUCCAGUUUUGACAUCUCAAAGACUGGUAUUAUCUAGCCCUAGAAUAAACAAGUUAGUUAGCAUUUCUAGAAUAGUGAACUACCCAACUCUCAUAUAUCUGCAAGAUUUGCAGAAGAGAAAAGAGUUAUGGUCUCAUUUGGCGGCCUGGGACUGAUGAGGCUUUUCUGUUAGUCUCUGGCAUUUGUGACCUACAAUAGUCUGUUUAAAAGGCGGUCUGGUUUUCCAAGUGGGUAGUAGCUCAGAAUUGUCCAGUUACAGCCUGGCAAAAACAUCUGACUGUUCCAUGUAAGAGCACAGUCUAUUUUAUAAGUUUCUGGAACCCUUGAGAUAAGCAGAUCACUUCCCUUGCUGAAAGGUCAGCAGGAGACAGAACUGUACGGCGGGCGGGGGGGGGAAGUCUCCUGGGGCUUUUCAUUUUCUUGAGGAACUUGAGAGCAGCUGCAGCAACCUUGGAGAAGAGGAAUCAGUUGACUGUAGAUUACAAAUCUUUUAAAAUUCUCUUCUGUCUGGCUUCAGCAAACCCUUACACUUUUCUAGUUAGAAUGCAUCCCAGAUGUUUUUCAAGCUCAUUCCUAUUACUGUUCCUAGUACACAGGUAUAGCCCUGCUUGUCCUUAAAACAGGAUGGAGGGAGAUUCUGCUCUUGCCUCAAGUGUAUGUGUUUAGAAGGGUGGGGAAAUGCCUCUGCCCCAUUGCCCAACCUGCAGUCCCUAUGCAAGACUUUCACAAGGACUCAAACUCCUUGGGACUUCCUCCAUUCAUAUCUCACAAGGCCCAUGUCGUGUCAUUCUUCAGUGCAAUUGUAAAUAGUCGCUCUGUUCAACUGCUUUUCCUUUCAGGCUUCCUAUGCUGUUUAAUAAUAGCCUUUGAGGAAGUGCCUUAUAGACUAGUUUCUGUUCCAUUAGUGUCAUGAAACAGUGAGUUAUGUUUGGUUUUUUUAAAAGUUCUAUUUAUUGCCAUUCCUUUUUUCAGUUGCCUAGAACACUAAGUCUUAAUGCAUGGAAUUUUUAAAGUAAUGUUUAGUUUUUAAAACAGCUCUUUCCACAUUUGUGGAGGGGGGGAAAGUCCAUGAAGCAGUGCAAGUUUAUACCAUUUUAGAAUUGUAUUUAGCUUUUAAAUGGCUUCUCUUAUAUACUUUUUUAUUUUUUUAAAACUGUUUGUUUGUAAAACAAAAUUCCCUGCUUUGUGGCUUUAAAAAGAAGGGAAUUUACUUAUCCAGAUGUCUUUUGAGAUCUUUCUGGAACCUGGAACUAUUGCUGUGAGAUAGUUCUCCCCAUACCUCUGCACUAUCUCUCCUUGAUUAGUGAUGACACAAAGAACUUUUGGAGUUAUAAAACACCACCAGUGCACAGUGCCUGUAAGUCAAAUAACUCAAAAUAAAGGCAUAUGACAUGG